AUCAACAAACAAAUUAAUACCACUUCAAAUUUUAAUUACACAAACAAUACUAAUCUAAAAAAUUUCAACCAUGAAUAAUGAAUGGAAAAUUUUCUUCAUCUUUUAAGUGCUUGAAUCAUUAGCAUUAGCAUCAAACAUGAUUGACUUUUGCGUAGCAGACUUUAAUUUUCCUGUUGGAUCAGCUGGAUAUCCUUCUUUCAAAUAUCUUCAAUGUCUCGAUACUAGCAAUGGAAAGGAAAUCCCCAAUUCAUCUAGGGUCCGCCAACAAUUAUUAGGGUUUUACAUUAGAUUGAAACCAAAAAAAAAAUGCAGCACCAGAUCGUUAAUUGGUCAGAUCUUUGCUCCGAAAUCCUUUCAGAAAUCGCCAAUCAUCUCGAAACUAGAUCUGAUGUAUACAAUUUCCGACAAGUCUGCAAAAAUUGGCGUUUUUCUCUCUCUAACAUCCCACAAAAACUUCCUUAUCUUUCCUCUUUAUUCCCUCGAAGAUAUUUAGCAGUUGAUUCAGAUUUCUUCGCUCUUCUAUCUCGUGAAACCCAUCAUCAUCUAGUUGCUGAUGCAGUGUAUCUUCUUCGACCUCGGAAUCAUCAAAUUUAUUCUAAACCAUGGCUCAUUACAGUCGAAGAAUUCAAUCGUGGUAAACUUUCAAUUAGAUUACCGUUAUCUAAAAUUAGGGCUAAAGGAAUUUUACCUGCAAAUGAGAAUUCGCCAAUUAGUUUGAAUUUGUUUGAUUUUGAUGUUAAUUUGAUUGCUAGAGGAUAUAGUUUAAGAGCACCUGAAUCUGACGAGACUUACUCAGCAAAUGGUGGGUUGAGAUUUAAGAAUAAAUUGAUCUUAUUUCCAAUUCCUGUUGGGUUUCAGCCUUUAACAAUUGAUGAUUAUAUUGGUUUGCUCUGGUUUGAGGAUGGUUUAAUUGCUUGGUUGACAUUGUCAGGGAGUUUAGACUGGGGGUUUCUUGGGUACAAAAGAACAUCAAAAUUUGAUGACAUUGUGAAUUUUAAGAGCAAAGUUUAUGUUGUUGAUCAUAGAGGGAGAAUUUAUGUUCUUAAUCAUGAUCCAGAACCGACAAAUGGGAAGAACUACAAGCAGAAUUUGAGAUUGGAUUGCAUAGUGAGUGAUUCAUUUUCGAGUGGCUGUGAUACUGAUAGACGAAAUCGAUUGGUAGACGAUUCGAGGGAUUUGUAUGUUGUAAAAAGGAUUGUUUAUUGUGGUGAUAAGAUACAUUUCAAGGUUUUUAAGUUGGAUGAAGAGAAUGGUAAGUUGGAGGAAAUUGGUAGUUUAGAAGAUGAUAGAAUACUUUUUGUGGGUGUUGAGUGGUGCUUCUUUGGAUCUAAAGCUGAUUUUCCUGGUUGUAGAGGGAAUUGUAUAUUUUUCACCAGUGAUUCGUUCCCUGUUUAUGGUAGAGGAAGACUGUCUAAAGGAGUAUCGGACGAGUCUUACUUUAGAGGAACAACCAAGGGAUUGGAAUUUGCUGUGUUUCACUUUGCUGAUGGCAAUGCUCGACCAAUUACCGAUUUUUCUGGGCAUUCGGAGUUCUUAUGGCCGCCUCCAGCGUGCUUCUGUUCAGCCUCCACUCUGUUUUGAUGUUUUUUUGAUGGGGUACAGGUAGAGGAUCGUUUACAGGAGCGGGGAAGAGAGAAGUAGUCCUUCCUAUGAUAAUCGAACCCUUGUGACAAGGGUCAAAAGGAAAUUGUACAGCCUGUAAAUUGUGUACACUUUGUAUUCAUGUGAAAUGUGAAGUUGCAAGUGAUGUUAUCUAUUAAGGGUCAAUCGUACGCUUAUUGACAGAAGGUAGAAUCUAAACUCGUGUCUUCUUAAAUCAUGACACUAAACAUUAUAUGAUAGAAGAGGGGGUUCAUUAGCGUAAAAAGUAUUGGGUCAACUGUAUACUAAUAUUCUGAAUCAGCCUUUAUUGAAAAAUUUGUGUAAAUUGUUCGAGUUAUAUAAAAUAUUGAUUUCUUAUCAAAA